AUGUCCAGAACUCGUCGCGUCUUUGCACCAAAACUCGCUACAUCUAAAUCAAAAAUUCAAUCCUCAUUAACCGCAGACCCCGGAGAAUACCUCAUGAAAAUCUCCGUCGGUACGCCCCCUGUAAACUUCCUAGCGAUUGCGGAUACCGGUAGCGACGUGACGUGGAUACAAUGCAAGCCAUGCACCGAAUGUUACGAACAAAAAGCUCCUCUGUUCGACCCCAAAAAAUCCUCCACUUACAAAAAACAACACUGUAAUUCAAUAAAUUGUCACGCUUCGGGGCUUUCUUGCGAUGACAAACAAUUUUGUACUUAUAGCUACACAUACGGAGAUGGAUCGUUUAGCGCGGGCGAUAUGUCCUCCGAUUCAUUCACAUUCGAAUCCACCUGGGGAAAGCCGGUCGUUCUCCCCAAAAUAACCUUUGGUUGCGGACACAGCAGUGGGGGCAAUUUCGACAACGUGACUGACGGCAUUGUAGGCCUCGGCAAUAGUGACCUGUCGAUUAUUAAUCAGCUCAGUUAUACUAUUAAUGGUAAAUUUGCGUAUUGUAUGGUGCCUGUAAAAGUACUAAAUGCCUCGAGCAAAAUCAAAUUCGGAAGCGACGCGGUCGUGUCAGGCUAUGGCGCACAGAAGACUCCGUUCUUCGCCAAAAAUGCUGACACAUUUUACCAUCUCGACCUCAAAGGCGUCAGCGUUGGCGAAACCAGGUUCAAAUUCGAGACAAAAGCACACGGAAACCGUGUGAAUAGCAGUGAUGGGAAUAUUAUUAUUGAUUCAGGGACAACAUUGACGUUUUUACCCAGUGAAGUUUACAGCAAGGUUGAAACAGAAUUCAAGAGAAAGACAUCUUUGAAGCCAGUCCAGGGAGACCUGGAAUUUAGCCUCUGCUAUAAGAACGAGAAGGGGUUCGAGAAAAAGGUGCCGAAAAUAACGUUUCAUUUUUCGGGAGCUGAUUGGGAGUUGAGUGCGGUGAAUAGUAUGUUGGAGAUUGAAGAAGGUAAGAUUUGCUUCACCAUUGGAGAUGCAGAGCAGAUAGGUAUCCAGCCGAUAUUUGGGAAUAUGGCGCAGAUGAAUUAUGCGGUUGGGUAUGAUCUGAAGGAGAAGAGCCUGUCGUUUAAGAGAACUGAUUGCAUCAAACAGUAG